UCGUUGCCGGUCAGGACAGAAGGAAGCAUUGCAUCACUCCGAUCAGUUUUCGGUAACAGGACGCAGGCCACCUUCAGCGCACGGGCAGCCAGAAACUGCAGCCGAGACUCGAAUCCCUGGCAAUCCUUCCCGCCACCGGAAGCUUCAGCAAUGUCGGACAGGAGCGUAGACGCACUGUGCACAAUCUUCUACGUCGUUCCGUUUGAAGAACUGUAUGCCUUGGACACCCUUAAUUAUCCGUGGCUUCAGAGGAUCACCGGGAUGAGUCUGGUGCCGGCUGUCGAACACAUCAGCGCGAGCAUCAAAGCCGUGGAGAACCCCAAGGUGCGUCUCAUGUGCGUCGCCUUACUGUACUCCUGGCUCAUACCACGAAACGUGUACCACACGUGGAUCCUUUAUCGCCUCAACGAGUGGUUGCAGGCGCAGGACCUCGGAAAAGUUAUUUCUAUGCUGCAAAGAGCGGUGCAGAAUUCCUGCGAUGGCGUGGGAAGCGGAAUCGACAUCGGAACUGCAGUGUGCAUCACCGUUCUGUUGGCCGAUGAGGAGCGCUCCUCGCUCGAGUACACUCCGACAUGCUUUUGCGUGUGGCGAGGUUUGCCCUUUGUGGCCGUCCACGCCUCGGAGGCGAUUGUUGCUCGAUCCAAGUACUGGGCCUCCCUCGCCAAAGUGAUCGGGGACCUCCAUGACUGGCAUCGCGGAGUUUACGCUAACCUGAGCUCCGCGUAUGCAGAGGCGGUCAGAAACCGCGCAGCCCCUGUGAAGGUCAAAAAAAUUCAGCAUGAAGAACUGCACUGAGAAACCCCUGACCAAGCGGGCACCAUGGCACAAAGGGCAACUAUCUUGGAUUUUUUGUAAAUAAAUAAUAG